AUGAUGCAGGGGUUCGACUUCUUUUCAGAGAGCGUGAACAUCACGGAGCUGCGUGUGCCUGAAGUGGUGGAACACAACACCAACUCGACGGCCAUCCUCGACUGCGUGUACGACCUGCCCGACGACGGCGUCAACCUGCUGCUCGUUAAGUGGUACUUCGGCGACGAGAACCAUCAGGUGUACCAGUGGGGCCUGGGCCUGGAGCCGGCUGGGUCUGGCGUGCUCAAGGGCAGGCUGCACCUAGGUCACGUGGCGUCGCCCGAACUGCUGAAGAAGCACCGCGCGCUCAGCGUCUCCAACCCCACCGUCGACCUCAGCGGCACCUACAUCUGCAGGGUCAUGACCAACUCGGGCGUCGUCACCGAGGCCAAGAAGAUGAUCGUUUACGCGCCGGCCCGAGCGAUGAACCUGACGCAGGACAAGCCGUCCCCCAGCUCGGUCAACAUCACCUGUGUGGUGGAGGGCGUGUUCCCUGCGCCGCUGCUCGAGGUCUUCGCCAAGCGGGAGGACAAGGAAGACGGGUGAGGACCAGUCUGCGGACGGUGUAGGAAACGGAGACUUUCCAGAUGCACUCUGCUUAUGAGGGAGCCACAUAGUGCGCUUGGAAUCAGUGAAAAUGCUGUGUUUUAACUGUUUUGACCCAAUAGUGUACGUUGUUGACACUUGGUGUGUGUGAUAAGUUGUUUUUCAGUGGCGCCCCGGAGCAUGAAAUCUCACUGUUCUGGGCAUGAAUGCAUGAGUUACCCUUAUCUUAUUAAACAAACGUAUUCGGGGCAAACCCGUCUGCAAAAGCCAGGAUUUGUCAACUGUGUAUCCUCCUAUUGAGCCAGAGACAAUGUUGUGCUAUGGUCAGUUCCUGUUGGGAAACUGCUGUUUUCCUGACAACUAAAUCAAAUAAGUUGUGUCAUUUCCAGAAGUGUUUACGAUGCCGCGCGCUGCAAGAGUUGUGGCAACUUUGGUCGUAAACUCAAAUUUACAACUAAGCUACUUCGUUGCACGGAUGAAGAAUACAGAAGGGACAUAAUUCAGACAGAGGACAAAAGUUCGUAUCAUCCUAGAUGCAAUAAUCCGAGUGUUUUUAUUCGCAGCUUGCCUAACUACCUGGGAUCGUUCUCUCCUCCCGAGAAAUGCUUUUGCUGUACCAGUACGACGGCAAGACUUGUUUCCUACCCAUUCAUUACUUCCAGCUCGUUAUGGGCGGCCAUUAAGCUUCAUAUAUUCUGAAAAUUGGUCAUUUGGUUUUGAAAGCAACACUAGGUUUUCCUCUGUAGCAGAAUUCACUUUCUAAACCAAACGUCCACAU